GUUAAAGAUGGCGGACAGAGGUUAGUCGCUGGAAACUAGGGGGCGUGUAUUGAGUUCGAUCGGUGGAGGACAGCUAUUCACAAAGAGUGUUGGAAACAUGUCUUCAAUCGAGAGCGAGCUGACCUGCUCGCUUUGCUUGCAGAUAUACCAGAACCCAGUCGUGCUGUCAUGCAUGCACUCGUACUGCAGGGAGUGUCUCAAAGAUUUACAUUCGAAGUCAAAGACAGAUGUGACAUCUAGUGGAAGGAACAAAGUGACCUGCCCCGACUGUAGAGGAACUACGCUCCUGGGACCAGAUGGAGUUGAUGGACUUCAGAAAAACUUCAUCGUGGCUAACAUAGCAGCUAAAUUCAAGGAAACAUCCUUGGUUGACUCCACCACUUGUCCAACUUCUUCAACUCCACGCUUAGAAGUACACGACCAAAGUCAUGGAAAAAAGACCCAGUCUGUAUAUUGCCUUGCAUGUGCAAAGGUUAUCAAGAUUUCAGACGAACAAAACUCUACCCAUUGUUAUCAUGUUACUCAAGACUUGGAAACGACCAUCAGCCAGAAAAGGGCCAAACUUUCCACAUGCAUCAAAGAACUUAGCAAAGGCCGAACUCACGAAGGCCAAAAAUUACAAGCUGCGACAGCAGAGCAUGGUGCAAUAGAGGAAGAUAUGUCUAAGCAGCAAAAUAUGAUUGAAUCGCUGGAGGAUAUUCUAAAAACACGGAAAGUCGAGGUUUUGGACAGGUUUGAGACUCUGAAAAGGCAAAACGAUGCGUCCUUAACUGACUAUCAGCAGCAUGUUAAGGCCUACAUCUCCACUGUCGACACUAUCUCAGCAUCAGCACGUGCACUUGACGAACAGUGCUUGGGCGAAGAGGAUGGGCUAGCUACGUUCAUACAGAUUGCUGACGACAUCAUGACACAGAUAUGUCAGAUCCCUGAGACAACCAAGUAUUCGCCCACCUUCAUCGCACCUCCAAAUGGUGAAAGAGAGAGAAUUGCAAAGGAACUUGUGGAUCAUUUGAACAAUUAUUGUGGAAUUGGAGACCAGACCCCGUCUUCUGAGGCCAUGUUGGUACCCUGUACACAGGUGAAUCGUGAGGCGAUGCCAAAGAUUGUUGGUGUAGAAAACGUCCCUUCCUGCGCAGAAACAGCGAAAGUUAUAAUAACUUGGUCUUCAACACAGACGCAAGAAGAAUACAAAGUGAAGUGUUCAACAAGAACAGGGCUUGGAAUCGUGAAGGAAGAUUUUGAAGCCAUUGUCAUUGGCGAUUCGUUUGAAAUGGAUGGUUUGCGAUUUAAGACAGAUUACGUUGCAUCAAUUCGUCCAAGCAUUAUGUCAAGCACGAGCGACACUGACGUUCACAACUUUACAACUGCAGAUCGUAUUUUCGGUGGGGAUUUCCAUUUUGAUAAUGAAAACUGUCACCCGGAUUUGGCCGUAUCAUGGGACACUCGAACAGUGACAAGCGAAAAGUGGAAGCAUAAGGAAAUCAACGGAUGUACCAGGACAAACCAUGGGGACUGGACGAAGGUGUAUGGGAUAGCUUCAACUCUGAUAUUCAGAAGCGGUUGUCAGUACUGGGAGAUCCUUGUAAUGUUCACUGUCCUGAGGCAUCUGAAAGACAACGAUGUCAUAACAAGUAUUGGAAUCUGCAAGGAGGGCAAGGAAGAUUCCUAUGAGCCACUGUGUGGUAGCUUUUACUCUCUCUGCUGUACACUCUUCAAGCAGCCGAGAAACUCAGCCAUUGCUAUAGACUUCUGGGAUGGUCAGAAGAAGGUUACAAGUGAAGAGACACCAAUUGGACACUUAAAACGGGGCAAGCCCCAGUCACUAAAACUUGGAUUUUAUCUUGAUCUAAACAGUAAAGUGUUUAAGAUCAUAAAUGUAGAGAAAAACAGCGUACUUCAUACUUUUGACAUAAUAAAGUUCGAUAAGGUCACUGCAGUGGCGUCUAUUGACAAUGAGGAAAAGGUCCGAACAUCUUUAGAGUUAGAUUCGUACAUCGAUACCGUUCCAUCAUCACUGUAUCAUUAAAUGUGAAAGAGUUAUUUCAGUCAUCUGCAAGUAAAAGAAGAACUUUGGGAGUGUUUUACCAGGUUAUUAGGAUACACUGGGAUUAAGACAGCUGUGAUCAAACAUGUGUUUAAUUUGAGCAACGUUUCAUACGUUUAUAAGUAUCACUUUAAAGAAGUUUUCCCUUACCACUGUUUUGUAGUGGUAGGCGCUAUUGUCAUCUUCACAGAUAUUCUUUGCCAUGAAUGGUUGGAACACUGAUCUCGCAUUCAGUUUGUUUAGAAAAUAUGUAGCCGAACUGCUUUAGUCCAGUUUUGUAAGAUCACUUUGAAGCGGUCAGUAUGAGCUUAUGUCAUUAUUAUCCGGGGCGUGGGAUAUUGGAACGGAGUUUGAACGUCUGUCCAUCCGUCCGUCAGUUCGAUUCUAAAUGGGAACAAGUUUUCCAAAAAUAAAAAAAAUAGUUAGCGAAGUGAAAUUUUGCACACUGAUCUUAAUGGUCACGAUCUCAAAGAGUUCAAAAAUUGGUAUCUUAAAAUUAAGUUUUGGCAGUGUUAUGGCCCUUAUGUCGUGCUUUUCAACUUGUGUGAUACUGUGUGAAAUGGGAACAGGUUUCCAGAACUACUGAAGUUACAUAAUGAAGCAUGCUCAUCUGGGAGAUACUUAUCAAGACUAAGUUCGAACAUUUGUGCCGUAAAUGAUUUUUACACAGUUACAGCUCUUGAUCCAUGUUACUAAUAGCAUAAUGGCUGAAACAGGGACAAGUUUCUCAGAAACUACUGAAGGUACAUGAAUGAAACUUUGCAAGCUUAUCUAAGAAGAAGAAGAAGAAGAAGUUCAUUCGGUAUCAAAGGCCAAGAGUACAAUACAUGGGAUAAAACUUGUGAACAUGGACAGGUUGGACAAAUGUUUUAUUAUCUCAAAAGACUAUUUUUGAUACAUUAUACAGGCAGAUUUAUUCAGCUUAUCUAAGAUAUACUUAUCAAGACUAAGUUCAAGAAUUGGUGCCAUAAAUUACUUUUAGGGAGAAGGGUUUUUUGUGUGUAUCAUUUUCACAUGUAAUCAUUUUUUUCUGAUGACAUAAAUCAACCCUAGUGCCUAUCUCUAUCUCUCUUAAGGAUGUAUACUACUACUAUAUGAACAAACAAUAUUCUCAUGUGCCCCAAGGCGGGGGAAAGUGAUAACGCUGUUUUAUUGUUGGCAUUAUUCCGUCGGUCGUCCCUUAGCGCUGAACUAGAACCCCAUCACUUCCAAAUCAACUGAACAUACAAAUGUGUCAAUAUCAUAUUAUUAGUGUGUAUCUUUAUAUGUCCCUGGCUACAACGAAAUAAAGCUUUCAUAAAGUAUGAACAAUUCAAAUGGCUGAAUUUAAAAUAAAAUAAAUCUUUCAUAAAGUAUGAACAAUUCAAAUGGCUGAAUUUAAAAUAAAAUAAAGCUUUAAUAAAGUAUGAACAAUUCAAAUGGCCGAAUUUAAGAUAAAAUAAAGCUUUCGUCCCUAUCUACUUCAAGCUACCCUGGUAAUGAUUACCAUGAUGAAAUACGAGUCUUACCCUUUUCACAGACUGAUGUUUCAAUGUGUGGUCUAACAUGGAUGGAGGAAAGAGUAAAAUUUGUUGUGUGACAGCUUAUAUUACUCCUUUUUUUGCAUAACCUUUCUUUCCUAGUCUUGCAAUAACUCAAUAAUUGUAACUGACAUUUUGCUCAUUUGUGAUUCCUUCUGAUUAUUGAGUACGGACGUUGUUCGGAACACCCGAUGAUUUUACAAGAGAUGAUGACAAGUUGUAGAACAUGCAGAAAAGGUUUCAUAAGUUUGUUUGGAAUAUCAGAGUUUAUUUGCAUGUUUCCUUUCUGUAAUCAGCUACGCUCAGCGGUUUUAGAAUAAUAGAACUCAUGAUUAUG